AUGGUCCGCUUUGAGCAGAUGGUCUGCAAGGAGCUCGCGCAGGGUGCCUGCGAAGGUUACGACGUGGACUCCCUUCGAGGCCAGUCCCGCUUCUGCUCGUGCCCGUGCCCCGCCGUCCGGGGCAUCGUCUCCCUGUACGACGAGCACGACGUCCUCGCGAUGGAGCUGAUGGGCCCCAACUUGCGCGAGUACGCCAUGGCGUUGGGCCCGGGCCGCUGGCCGCUUCCAGAGGACCUCGUGCUGGUCCUCGGCGCCGCGCUGGUAGGCCGGCUCCAGCAGCUUCACGCCGCAGGUUUCGUUCACAGAGACAUCAAGCCAGACAACGUGGUGUUGUCCCUGGAGGAGGGGCCGGACGAGGGCCCCAUCCCGCGCGUGGUCUUCGUGGACUUCGCGCUGGCGAUCCGGUUCGCGAGCCCGGACGGAACGGGGCACAUCGUCGGCAAAAUCGCGGGGCUGUUACGGUAG